UGACAGGCGGGCGGUGCUCGGGUCGCUCAAACAUGGCCUCCAUGAUGGGUCCUCCGCUGUAACUUGAACGUUCGCGUUCCUCUUUUCCGAUUCGCUGGGCGCUAAACGCCACUUUUGAGCGGACGCGAUGAGCGAGCGAGCGGCGGGCGAGCCGCUGUGAUUUGGCCCCCAAAGUCCAGACAAGACCGAUGUUGGCCGGCGGCGGACGGACGAGUUGCCUGUAAACACGUCGCUUGACUUGAGCUCGUCUCUGCAGGCAGGCAGGCAGGCAAGCAAGCUGGAGAGGAAAAGGAGAAGCGCAUCAAAUCCAAUGCCGGCAGAGGACAGAAGAGCGCCGCCUCCUGUCACUCGGGCCGGACGCAAAGCCGCCGCGUCGGAGAAGCGGCCUCGCGGGCGACCCCGGAAAGAUGGCGUAAGCGGGCGCACCGCGCCCGUGCCUCCCCCUCCUCCUCCUGCGCCUCCCCCUCCCAAAUCCAGGAAGAAGGGGAGGAGUCGAGGCCAAGCCCAGGUGGAGGAUGAAGAAAGUGUGGACACGCCUUCUGACACGACCUCAGCAGAGGAGGCCAAGAGCGGACGGCGCGGCUCCGCCUCCAGAAGGAGAUCCCGCACGGAGCCCGUCCCCGAAUCCCCCGGCGUCGACGAGCCCGCUCCUUUGGCCCUUCCGUCCGUCUCGGAGGAGGGCGCGCCGGAGAGGAGUCCUUUGGGCCCGCCCCUUUCUCCGCACGGCCCGAGCCCCGCGGAGUCGGUCGGCGACUCCGGCCUCCCGCGGUCGCCCCGCCUUCGCUCCGAGGACGAGGACGCGCCGUCGCCGCUCUUCCGCCGUUCCGUGUCAGAAGACUCGGGGUCCCCCGCUCCUAGCCCGGGACACACCGAAAGACGCCUGCGGCAGUGUGCCUUCUGUCACCACGGCGACCGGCCCGCUCUGGGACAGGGCCCCCUGGUGGUGUUCGGACCCACGCCGGGCUACAUCCCCCUUCACGUCCUCAGCCGCAGAACCUCGUCCGACCGCGACGGCGAUUGUCACGAUCACUGCUACCGACGCGGCCAAGCCGCGCACACGAGCAGCAGUCCAGCACAGUGCGAAGACGAAUCUUCCUCGCAGUUGUUGGAGCAGCUCGGCCCCAUCGGCCUUCCGCACGACAUCGACGUCCAAUCGCUGUUUGACCCCACAGGUCAGUGCUGUGCCCACUUUCAGUGCGCCGCCUGGUCCGAGGGCGUGCGUCGCGGCGAGGGCCAGUCGUUGCUCUACGUGGACAAAGCCAUCGACUCGGGAAGCACGCAGGUGUGCGUGUUCUGCGGCGGUCUCGGAGCCUCGCUGCGUUGCCAAGAGGCAGGCUGUGGGCGGAGCUACCACUUCCCGUGCGCCGCCGCCGCGGGGGCGCAUCAGGACUGGGAGCACAGACGCACACUGUGCACGAGACACGCACACGCAGCGGCUCGGUGGUGCGCGUCAUGCUCGCGCGACGACGACGACGUCGGCGAUAUGCUGAUGUGCUGUCGCUGUGGUCAGCGAUACCACGCUAGAUGCCUGGCCCCGCCCCUCACUCCCUCCUCCCUGAUCCGUGCCGGAUGGCAGUGUUCUCCGUGUCGCGUGUGUCAGAUCUGCAGGUUGCGUGAGGAAACGUCUGUGUUACUGGUGUGUGCUCGUUGCGACAAAGCUUACCAUACCCACUGUGUGACUCCUCCACUGGAUCACGCACCUGACAGUAAAUGGAUCUGCCAGAACUGUCGGGUGUGUCUUCGCUGUGGCGUGAGGUCAUCGGGUCAUUGGGCCAGUCACCCCUUCCUUUGCGUGUCGUGUGACCCCGCUCUGCCUUGUUCUCUCUGUGGUCGCACUCCAGACUUGUGCUCGUUACAGGACUAUGUGACAUGUGUCUGCUGCUACAGGUGUGUCCACACCCAGUGCAUUGGCGUCAACGCAACAGAGCGUGACAACCAAAGUUUCGUAUGCUCUACCUGUCGGCUUCAGAAGGCGCAGGUCUCAAACAGUCCUGUCGGAGACCAGCGACUCACUCCCGCGCAGGUGGCAGAUGUUGAAAGCCUUACUGAAGUUCUCCCCAUAAAUACUACUGCUAACAGCCCAGGCCAACUCUCAUGUUCAGAGCAGGCUCCAACUCCGACCGAGGUCACGAGACUGUCACGUGGAAGUCCAACAUCUUCUCCAUCCAUUGCAGAGCUCCAACAAAGUCCAACUCCCCCUUGUCCUAGCCCCGCAGAGCAAAGUCUAAGUAUAGUACUGUCUCCCUCUCACCCGACAGGGCAAGGACUGAGUAUAGUCCUUUCUCCCUCUGACCCCGCAGAGCAACAGCAAAGUGCGAUACGGUCUCCCUUUCACAACACUGAUGAAAGACUAGGUCAAGUCUUAUCUCCCUUUUACUCAACAGAACUCCAUCGAAGUCCAGCCCCCUCUCCUUCCAGUACCACAGAGCAGGGACUGAGUGUAGUGCUUUCUUCCUCUCACCCAAAAGAGCAACAGCAAUGUACAACACCAUCUACCUUUCACGCCACCGACCAAAGACUAAGUCUAGUCUUGUCUCAUUGUCCCUCCCUUCAACAAAGCCUGACUUCAUCACCACCUUGGGCCACACAACUAAAAUCCAGCCAACCAUCCUCUCCUUCUCUGGACCCAGAGCCACAGCAUGGACUUAGUCCAGAACCAUCUCCUUCUCACCCACCAGAACUUGGACUAUGUCUAGUUCUGUCUCCCUCUGACCCAGUGGGGCUUCAGCGUAGUCCAGAAUUAUCCCCUAACCCAGGAGAACAUAAACAAAGUCCAAAACAAUCACCUAGCCCUGCAGACCCCCAGCAAAGUCCAGCACCAUCACCCAGUACUUCCACAGUGCUGGGACAAAGUCCCCUGCCAUCAAAUGCGAACCUCAGAGAAUUUUCACGAAGUCCGACACCAUCUUCCAUGAACAAUACAGAGCCUCACCGAGGUUCUUCAUACGGUACUGAGCUACGGACAAGUCACUUGACACCAACACAACAUGGAGGAACUUCACCAAAAUCACCAUAUGAGCCUACAGACUUCAAACCAAUAGCGUUAUCGUCACACCCCACAGAGCUGCUACAGAGUCCUGUUCCAUCACCUUCUAAAGCUCCAGAGCUCCAGAAAAGUCAAGUUCUACCUCCUACAAACACAAUAGAACAGCUAGGUCCAGAUCCAUCUCCUAAUAUCACAGAGCUCCAACCAAACCCAGCCCCAUAUUCUUCAAGCCUAAUAGAGUGCCAGCAAAGUCCCGUCCCAUCUCCUCAUGCGAAGGAUCUUCAUCGAAAUCCAGUCCAAUCUCCUAAUGACACAGAGCUACAACAAAGUCCACUCCCAUGUCCUAAUAUCAAAGAGCUCCAGCAAAGUCCAACACCUUCAAAAUCUUCUGUUACAGAGCUCCAUCUAAGUCCAGUCUCGUCUCCUUCUGACACAAAAGAUCCCAAUCUAAGUCCAGUCCCGUCUCCAUACGACACAAAGGAUCCCCAUCUAUGUCCAGUCUCGUCUCCUUUUGACACAAAAGAUCCACAUCUAUGUCCAGUCCUUUCUCCCUCUGACACAAUAGAUCAACAUCUAAGUCCAGUCCCGUCUCCUUCCGACACAAAGGACCCACAUCCGAGUCCAGUCCCGUCUCCUUCCGACACAAAGGACCCACAUCCGAGUACAGUCCGGUCUCCUUCCGACACAAAGGACCCACAUCCGAGUACAGUCCCGUUUCUUUUCGACACAAAGGACCCACAUCCAUGUCCAGUCCCGUCUCCUUCCGACACAAAGGACCCACAUCCAAGUCCAGUCCCGUCUCCUUCCGACACAAAGGACCCACAUCCAAGUCCAGUCCAGUCUCCUUCCGACACAAAGGACCCACAUCCAAGUCCAGUCCCGUCUCCUCCGGACACAAAGGACCCACAUCCAUGUCCAGUCCCGUCUCCUCCGGACACAAAGGACCCACAUCCAUGUCCAGUCCCGUCUCCUCCGGACACAAAGGACCCACAUCCAAGUCCAGUCCCGUCUCCUUCGGACACAAAGGACCCACAUCCAAGUCCAGUCCCGUCUCCUUCGGACACAAAGGACCCACAUCCAAGUCCAGUCCCGUCUCCUUCGGACACAAAGGACCCACAUCCAAGUCCAGUCCCGUCUCCUUCGGACACAAAGGACCCACAUCCAAGUCCAGUCCCGUCUCCUUCGGACACAAAGGACCCACAUCCAAGUCCAGUCCCGUCUCCUUCGGACACAAAGGACCCACAUCCAAGUCCAGUCCCGUCUCCUUCGGACACAAAGGACCCACAUCCAAGUCCAGUCCCGUCUCCUUAUGACACAAAGGACCCACAUCCAAGUCCAGUCCCGUCUCCUUCGGACACAAAGGACCCUCAUCCAAGUCCAGUCCCGUCUCCUUCGGACACAAAGGACCCUCAUCCAAGUCCAGUCCCGUCUCCUUCGGACACAAAGGACCCUCAUCCAAGUCCAGUCCCGUCUCCUUCGGACACAAAGGACCCACAUCCAAGUCCAGUCCCGUCUCCUUCGGACACAAAGGACCCACAUCCAAGUCCAGUCCCGUCUCCUUAUGACACAAAGGACCCACAUCCAAGUCCAGUCCCGUCUCCUUCGGACACAAAGGACCCUCAUCCAAGUCCAGUCCCGUCUCCUUCGGACACAAAGGACCCUCAUCCAAGUCCAGUCCCGUCUCCUUCGGACACAAAGGACCCUCAUCCAAGUCCAGUCCCGUCUCCUUCGGACACAAAGGACCCACAUCCAAGUCCAGUCCCGUCUCCUUCGGACACAAAGGACCCACAUCCAAGCCCAGUCCCGUCUCCUUCGGACACAAAGGACCCACAUCCAAGCCCAGUCCCGCCUCCUUCGGACACAAAGGACCCACAUCCAAGUCCAGUUCCGCUUCCUUCCGACACAAAGGACCCACAUCCAAGUCCAGUGCCGUCUCCUUCCGACACAAAGGACCCACAUCCAAGUCCCGUCCCGUCUCCUUCCGACACAAAGGACCCACAUCCAAGUCCCGUCCCGUCUCCUUCCGACACAAAGGACCCACAUCCAAGUCCCGUCCCGUCUCCUUCCGACACAAAGGACCCACAUCCAAGUCCAGUCCCGUCUCCUUUCGACACAAAGGACCCACAUCCAAGUCCAGUCCCGUCUCCUUCCGACACAAAGGACCCACAUCCAAGUCCAGUCCCGUCUCCUUCCGACACAAAGGACCCACAUCCAAGUCCAGUCCCGUCCCCUUCCGACACAAAGGACCCACAUCCAAGCCCAGUCCUGUCCCCUUCCGACACAAAGGACCCACAUCCAAGCCCAGUCCCGUCUCCUUCCGACACAAAGGAUCUAAAUCCAGUCCAAUCUCCAUCCAGUGACAAAGAAGAAAUACAAAAAAGUGCACUCCCAAAUCCUUUCAUAAGAGAUUUCCAGCAAAGUCCAAAACCAUCUCCCUCAGAUAUCAUGGAGCAUCAUCUAAUUCCAGUCUCACCGAUGUUGAAGGCCACAGAGAUCCAUCAAAGUCCAGCACAAUCUCCUUCUAUUACACAGAAACUCAAUCUGUAUCCACCCCAAUCUUCUAACGUCGGAGUGCUGCAUCAAAGUCCAGUCCCAUCUCCCAACACUGCCCAACCCCAGCAAAGUCCAGUCCCUUCCUUUUCUAACACCACUGAGUUCCAACCAAACUUUCCUUCUAAAUUCCCAGAGAUCCCACAAAAUCCAAUACAAAGGACCGAUAAUAUAAGUGAGCUUCCGCAAAGUCCAGUACCACCUUUCUCAAAACCUACGGAAUUUAAGCGAGACCUGGUCCCUUCUGCUAAUGACACAGAGAUUCAUGAGUGUCCAGUGAGUCCUCUCCCAUUUGCCUAUAAAGUUAGAGAGCUCCCUCGUAGUCUAACACCAUCCCCUCUGAACACCGCCGAGCUCCAUCAAAGUCCAUCUAAUCUCAAUGAGCUUCACCAAAAUCCAGUCCCAUCUCCUCAUGUCUCUGAGCUUCAUCAAAAUUCAGUACCAUCUUCUAAUGUGGUAGAGUUUCCAAAAAGUCCAUUACCAUCUAUAUCGAGGCCCUCCGAGCUCCAGCAAAGUCCAGUCCUAUCCCUUUCUAAAUUAAUAGACAUGGGAUCAAGUCCAGUAUCCUCACCACCAAUCACCACAGCACCAAUCACCUCAGAGGUCCACCUAAGUCCAGCACUGUCAUCAUCCGUCUCUGCGGAACUCCAUGAAAGUCCGGUGUCAUUGCGCUCAAGCAACGCAGAGCCAACGCCAAAUUCCAAUUCAAUAAAACUUGACACUCUUAUUGAUGGAAAGAGUUCUGGAAAACAUUCAAAUCCUGCACCUGUUUGUAGAACAAACCUAAAAAAAGUUGCACUGCAAUCUCCAUUUGGUCCGAAUGAGACUGUAGCAAGCCAUGUGUCUUGCUUUGAGUCUGCAGAACUCCAGGAAUAUACCGCUGCAUCUCCGCCUAGUCUAGGCCAUGUGAAGAAAGACCUGCUAGUCAAUCAUCUUUGGGAGUACAAAGAGAAAGACACAAGCUCCCCAAUACCUCAAAUUUGUUCCACACCCCCUCAGUUGCCUAGUGUUCCUUUGGACCCGCAGGAAAACUCUGUCCUUUUGAUGCCUACGCCACCUCAGCUAGGUUCUCUAUCCAUAGAUUCAACCAGGGAACAUCUUGCCACAAGAGUGUUCCCCAGAACUGUUGUGCAGGAUUGUACCAUGUCCUUGCUUAGUACACGCAGAUAUGACAAUGAAGCAAACCCUGAGAAGAUCCCUUCUGAUAGCCGUGUCCUAGAUGAUGGAAUACAGCUUAGCAGACCCUGUGGUCCUGCCGAUGUCACCAAUGAACCACCAAUACUCCAAAUUCAUCAAGGGAAAUGUAAUCCUGAUCUGCAUAGUCCUUCACAUGUCGUAACAGCAACUCAGCAGAGUCCUACAAAAGUUGUUGAAGCUGCACCUGGUCAAUCCUCUCAUCCAAUUACAUAUACACUGGACCUCACAGCAGUCUGUAACCGCUCUCCUUGCUGGCCCCGUUCAGCUCCCUGCAGCCCCUCAAGCGCCCCACUUAGCUGCGUACCACGUAGUCUGUCACAGCCUGCGAGUCCAGCACAGACUUCCUCGACGCAACCUACCAAGUCUUUGCAAGCACAGGUGCCUGUUGCUUGCCAGUUUAUUGCACAAGACACCUUCACAACUGCCUUCUUUCAAGAUGGCACCCGCAUAGAACCUAGACCUGCUGAUGUUCGACAAAAUCUAAACCUGGAUGCGCCGAGACCAGGAACAGUUCUUCAUAGGUCUGCCAUUGUCGUGCCCUCAACCUCGAAAUUUUCACGGCCGCAGAGCGAGCAGUCGCCUGCACCGGAAAGCCUUGUUCACCAAAGCACUUCAGUGUACCGCAGUAGCCUCGCUCACGUGUCUUCUGAUGCUGAGGCUGCGAAAGGCAGCCCAGAACAUAUCCGUACUAGCGCUUCGCGUUCAGAUGAAAUGCCCUCUAGUCCUGCCGACGAUCUUUGGGCCUCACGUGACACGAUGACGGAUCGGGCCCCUGUCAAACGUUUACCGGCUAGGACAAGUCCUUUGAGCCAACCGGGUAGCCCUGUGAUGCUAACAGGUUGUUCUUCCCAGACGCCAGCCAGCCCCUCAUCAAUUCUCUCCACUCACAGGGGUACUGUCCUACCUCAAAAAGAAGAUACCAAGACAGCAGUUAACCAUCCGUGCCACAUUAGCGGGUUUGAAAGCAGUCCUGGUCCAGGGGGUGGUUGCAGUACAACUGGCUAUGUACAUGAUCCAGAGCAGCCUCAGCUCACACAAUCUGGUCCCUUGCAGGUCUUGACUCGCAGCAGUCCACCUGCUACAGAGCCUUUCUGUUCAACCUCUCUGAGUCCUACGCACUGUAGAUAUGUUGCAGACAGCUCUGAUAGCCAAGCUCUGAACAACAUUUUCUUGGAAGCCAGCGACCAAAGUUCCUUACAAACUGUUACGGCAUUACGGACAUUUGCUCUCACUAGCCCUAGCCCGACUCCAACACAGGCUGAUGAAAUUUGUCCCGGUUGUGCACUUGCCAGCAACGAAUCAGACUUAAUAGGUGCCUCCCAGGAUGAGGACUCUGUCAUUGGGAGUUCACUUAAACUUGAUAAUAGUUCAGAUGCGCCUCUGGAAUCUUUGAGUUGCCUAUCCGGUGGCCCGUCGGCUGCUAGCCAGGCUGUUACGAUGCCCCUGACACCUCUAAGACCCUUGAAUGAAAGACCAGCUAGCAGUACCACUCUGCAAGAUGCUGAAACGCCUAAAACUAUUUCCCCUCUGGAAACGCUCAAGAGUUCCCCCCCUACUUGCUCUCCACAAGACGUCGAAGUGAAUAAGAGCUAUUGUUGUAGUCCUUCCAGACUUACUAAAGCCGAGAUCGCGCAAUGUCCCGAGGAACCGGACACCAGUUCAGCAUUUCACACCCGCGCUCAGUCAGAAAGCAGCCCUCCGCUGACUCCUACCAUUUUGUCUAACAGGGAGUGCACCGCGACUAUGGUGGAACAGGAAGAAAAUCUCGGCUUAUACAAGAAGACAGAAGGAGAAAUACUGGACAAGGAGCAGAAUGAAGAGCGAACGCAAGAGGAGAAUAGGGCGCACCACCGGAAGAAUGAUGAGGAAGAUCAGCACAAAGAGCAUCAGGAGGAAAACCGUGAGCUCAGUCGUUCAAGGCGUCUCUUAUCAGGAAUCUAUUUGUCGCCUGGUGAUUCCGCUGCGUUAUCCCCCAUCUGCUUCCAUCCUGCCUCACCCUCCUCACACUCACCUAGCAGCUCCACUUCACCGUUGCCUGCCGCGCUUCUACAUUGCGACGUCUCCUCGGAUGUUUCCCUUCCCCUCGGCAUAGCGCCGGAGGCGCUGGCGUCUCCAGACGAGCAGAGGGAAUGGGGAUGCGAGGACUCUGGUACGGCUGGGUUGUCCCCCAAGAUACCGGAAAGUGUCCCAUCCCAUGGCGGCUCCUCCGAGAAGGAUGGCUCAGUCAUGGGUGUGGUUACAAUCGGGCCGAACCGGAAGGAAGCGAGGGAAAGUAGCAGCGACGGGGAGGCAGAGCAGUCUUUAGACGCUGAGGUCAUGAAGCUGUUGAGCUCGUCGUCUGUCGGCGUCACGCUGCCGUCCUCCGUCAGUCCCCCGCCUUUCACCGCGCGAAGUCUCAGGAUGCCCCCUCGCUCUUUGCCCCCAUCGGACGAGCUUUCCAUCCGCCUCAGACAGUCCCCUUUCUCCACUGAAGCGUCGCCGGAGACGUCCCCCAUCAGGGUGCCCAUCUCGCCACCACCACUCUCUCCUCCUUCGCCGCCCCUUAGCUUCAGUCCUCCGUACCGAGAGUCACCACCUCUCUGCAAGACUCCUCCAACUACGGUGAUCCCGCUGACCCGUAAGAUUGGCAUGGGCAAGCCAGCCAUCUCAAAGAGGAAGUUCUCUCCUGGCCGGGCCCGGGUGAGGCAGGGUUCGUGGUGGAGUAACGUAAGGGCGGUCAGCCCCCCCUCUUCCUCCCAGGAUUCUAUUGGCGAAGGGGGCCGGGACAGCCCCAAGUCCCGUCGGGCAGACUCUCCACUCUGGAGCAUGAGAGUGGGUCGUGGCUCUGGCUUUCCCGGGAGGCGCAGGUCCAGGGGAGGAGGCGUCGGCGCGGGGCGAGGGGGCCGAGGAAGGAGUCGGAUAAAGACUCAAGACUGUGUCUCCGUCUCUCCUGUGUAUGGCUUCGCCGAGGCCGUUCCGCCCAAGGAAGAGGAGGAGAAUUCCAUGCACAACACGGUGGUGAUGUUCUCCACAUCCGACGCCUUCACGCUCAGACAGGACAUGUGCGUGGUUUGCGGCAGCUUCGGACAGGGAGCGGAAGGUCGACUCUUGGCCUGUUCUCAGUGCGGCCAGUGUUACCACCCGUACUGCGUUAAUGUCAAGGUGACUCGGGUCAUCCUGACCAAAGGCUGGCGCUGUCUGGAGUGUACUGUGUGUGAGGCGUGCGGCCAGGCCUCGGACCCCGGCCGACUGCUGCUGUGCGACGACUGCGACAUCAGCUACCACACGUACUGCCUGGACCCGCCCCUGCACACCGUCCCCAAAGGGGCCUGGAAGUGCAAGUGGUGCGUGUGGUGCGUCCAGUGCGGCUCAGCCUCGCCCGGGCUGCACUGCGAUUGGCAGAGUAACUACAGUCGCUGCGGCCCCUGCGCCAGUCUCACCUGCUGCCCCCUUUGCCAAAGAACCUACGUGCCCGAUGACCUCAUUCUACAGUGCCAGCAGUGUGACCGGUGGGUGCACGCGGUUUGCGAGGGUCUGACGACCGAAGACGAGGCGGAGAUGACCGCGGAUGAAGGCUUCGACUGUUCGCUCUGCCAAACGCGCCGUCGCCUCCAAUACGGGAGGCCGGACAACUUGUACAUGGCUCAGAUCUUCUCUAGGAGUCGUGAAGCAGACACAAAGACGUACAAUCAGGACGGCGUUUGUCUGACCGAGUCGGGACUGACACAACUCCAAGCGCUGGUUGAACCCUUGACCUCAGCUCGCAGGUACCGCAGACAAAGAAUUGAGGAGCAGCUCUUUUCUAUCAUUAGGUGCAAACCUAAACUGAAGUUGAGGAUCAUUAACCAGAACAGCGUGUCGGUCCUGCAGACUCCGCCCCACCCAGAAACAGGCCACAUGGAGUGCGACCUCAAGUCAGACUCAAGCCCCGAGAGAGACCACCAGGCCCCCGAGAAUGACGUCAACAAAGACGUGGCCAAGAGAAAGCGGAAGCCGUACAGGCCGGGUAUCGGAGGCUUCAUGGUGCGGCAGCGAGGUGGGAAGGCGGGACCCGGCGCCAUCAAAGUCUGCCGCAGAGAUUCAGGCGAGAUACCGCAGGGAGAGGACGAUGCAGCCGAGCAGACCGCGGACAAGGUGAAGAAGAGGUACAGAAAGAAGAAGACCAAGCUGGAAGAGGCCUUCCCGUCUUAUCUCCAAGAAGCCUUCUUCGGUCGGGAUCUUCUCUAUCGCAUUCGUCAAGUGGACCGGAGAAUGAUCUCUGAGGUGGCCGGGACAGGCCGAUCGGGAGCGCCGGAUCGCAAAGGCGCCGCCCCCUCAGAAAAGCUGACGAAUAGAAAGCACGAAAGACUCCCGGUGUCGGACGACGCGCUGGUGGAUCUGUGUGACGUUCUCAACACUCAUCCUCAUAUUUUGGCCACGGGACCAACAGCUGGCCCGGACGCGGGCUCCGUAGCGCGAGAGCCUUUGCUUAGCUCCGAGCUGACGGGAAGCGGCGGGCGGGCCCAGAAAACCUUAAACGAAGAGCCUCUGGACGCCAUCUUGAACCCGGAGCUGGACAAGAUGGUGUCGGACGGUGCUAUUCUCAGCAAAUUGUACAAGAUUCCAGAACUAGAAGGGAAGGACGUAGAAGACCUCUUCACCGCCGUGCUCAGCCCAGACCGGGGCGAGCGGCAGGCCGCCUUCACGGGCGCCGUCACGUUUCCUCGUGCGCCUCUGCCGAACGGCUUGGGCGGCCGCGCUCCCGACGUCGACCUGGGGGGAUCCGCUCUUUGUCAGCCCCCGACCUAUCGGCCGGUGGGAGAUGGCGAGCGCGACGGCAUGUCCACGGCCAAAAGGAGCAUGAUCAAGUGGGAGAAGGAGGAGGCUCUGGGUGAGCGGGCCACCGUGGCGCCUGUUCUCUACUGCAACACCAACUUCCCCCAGCUGAGGGAGCAGUACCCCGAGUGGUCCACGAGAGUCAAGCAGAUCGCCAAACUCUGGAGGAAGGCCAGCUCCCAGGACCGAGCACCUUAUGUGCAACGCGCGCGGGACAACCGCGCGGCUCAACGCAUCAGCAAGGUCCACAUGUCCGGCGAGCCUCUCAAGCGGGCGCCGCCACCUCAGCCGAUGCCACAGGGCCUCUACGACGGCGUCUCCCCGGACGCCGACCCGGGGCCGAAGGACCCGCUCAGGCCUCGGGAGUCGGAGCAGGAGCAGGAGUGGAAGUUGAGACAGGGAGAGGUAAAAGACAGAUGGCCAGCCGGUAAGAAGAGGCAGGAAAAUACACAUAGCGCUUGUCCCUACCAGACAACUCUAGCAGGAGGUGGCAAAGAGGCUCUGCAAAUGCGGCAGAAGAGCAAGCAGUUGGCCAAGAUCGAAGCCACUCAGAAGCUGGAGCAGGUGAAGAGUGAGCAGCAGCGGCAGCAGCAGCUCUCGGCCAAUCAGCAACAGGAGGCCUCGCCGGAAUUCCAGGCGAGGCAGAACCUCUUCCAAGGCUCCUCGCUGGCAGACGACGUGUUCCUCAGACCACAAGUACCCCCGCCUUCGGGAUACUCCUCGCUUCCCCCGUCUCCCCGCUCGCCCCACUCCUGCUCCCCGAUCCAGCAGCACCCUUCCUCCCCCCAAAUGUUUUCGCCUCCUUCGUCCCGCCCCGCAUCUCCCUGGGACCCUUACUGUAAGCCGGCGGGGACGCCUCGACCCGUUCAGCGCUGUGCCCCCAACAUUUCCCCAGCUCACGACACCCUGGGUUCCCCCGCACCCUCGCCGGACUCGAAAGCCUCUGACGCCGCUCGGAUUCUCUCGCUCCAACCGGGACAGCAGCAGCACAGCAGACCGGCUAUGAAGAGCCCCCCCUCUGGCUCCCAGGCGUAUCAAAGGUCUCAGUUCCAAGGGGGGGUGUUUAAAGCCCCCAUUCCCCCCCAAAACCAGUUGCAAGCAGACUUAUUUGGCGGCAGGAGGGAGCCGUCCCGAUCGGCGGACCCUCAACCUCACGACCCCGCCUUCAGCCCUCAACGCAGCCCUUACGCUGCCGCGCCGGGGACCCCCAGAGCAGACUAUAGCCAACAAAUGGCUGAAUCCUUCACGCCCUCGCCCAAUGCCUGUACCAACCCCCCGACUUCGGGUCCGCACUGCGACGGCUCGUACCUACCUAACCCGGGCAUUGGUGCGGCACCCGCGCUGCGCCUCGAGCACUUCAAGCUGGCCACUGUACGCCGCGCGUCCCCUUCCCAUCCAGCAAUGGACCCCUAUUCCUUAAACCCCGGUACGCCCCACCCCUCUGUUCCUGAGCGCUUCCCCCGAUCGCCGGGCGGCACGCUGAACUCCGAUCCCUGCCCCAAAGCACCCGGCACCCCGCGCCCCUCGCCGGACCUUUACGCACAGCAACCCUCUACGCCCAAUACUCAAAAGAACCUUGAAGCCUUUAGCCAGACACAAGUGGAGAGCUUCACUCCUCAGCUCGUGAGAUCUCCUCUCGGUCCGGGCCACUGCGGCGAGACAACAAACCGCCAGCGGUCGCCUGGAAGAGUGCCGCAGCCGGACCCCUUUGCCAGGACCUCGGCGGGUAGCCAGACCCCAAAGCAUCCCGGGACAUCAGACGACAGAUUCGCAGCCGGUCACCUGACGUCCGGACCCCCGCAGAUGGACAAGACCGCAGCCAAUGACAUGGCGGCAGUGGGUGUGGCUUCCUUAGAAGGACCGAUGGCCUUACUUCCACAGCUUGGAGAUUCAGAGGAGAGACUAAGACAGCGUCAAAGGUUGCGCCAGCUCAUCCUGAGGCAGCAGCAGCAGAAGAGCGCACUGCGGCAGGAGAAGGGCCUUCAGGACCCCGGACCCUCGGCCGCAGUCCCUGGCACGCCGACGUCGCAUCGCUGGCCACGGGACCUCCCUGCCGCACCCGUGGACGUGUUCGGGCGUCCUCCACCGCCCUACCCCGGGCCGGCGGGGGCUUAUCCCGGAGCUUUCUCGGCAGAACGGCCGAGAGGCUCGACCCCCGACGCUUCUCCGUUUCCCCUGCAGAGAGGAGCGCCAUCCAGGUUUGGUCUGCAAGCAGUCUUCCCGCGCGCUUCUUCGGGGGCUGGGUUUGGAACCCCCGUGCAGAUGAGUAAGCCGGUCCCUGGUGAAAUGGGCGUCAUCCGUCCACAGACUGGCCCUGUCCUGCACCCUCACGUGGCCUCAGCAGCAGCAGCACCAGCAGCCGCCGGCGUCGCCUCCGCACCCCAAACCUUUCCCGUCCCCGUACAGCAGCACAGCAUCAUGGGGCAACCCUACAUCGAGCUUCGUCAUCGCGCUCCGGAGAACCGGCUGAGGCUUCCUUUCUCCCUUGCGGCCGGCCCCCACUCCGAGGCCCCGGCGGGUCAGCCCAUGCUCCUCAUGGUUCAAAUGCACCAGCAAGAUCAACAGAACCUCGUCCAAGGGACGGCGCUGGGUCAGGGCAGUGAUGUGGCGCUCCAAGGCCCCGAUGGCAUUGAAGAGCACCUCGAAGGGGUGGAUUCUGCUGUCAAAGAUCUUGAGGAUGUGGAGGUGAAAGAUCUGGUCGACCUCAAUCUCAACCUGGAUGCGGAAGAUGGCAAGGAAGACUUGGACCUGGGUGCUAAUGAUCUUCAUCUAGAUGACUUCAUGCUGUCGGGGAAGUUUGACCUGAUCGCUUACGCUGACCCAGAGCUCAACCUGGAGGACAAGAAGGAUAUGUUCAAUGAAGAACUUGACCUUGGGGAGUCUACGCGGGACAAGAACGGGGGGGGGCUUAGAAAGAUGGAGAACUUGACAGGUCAGGUGAAAGAGGAAAAUAAGGAGUGCCUGAAGGCGGUAGCAGCUCAAGAACAGCCCGCUCUUCCUGACCCUCCUCCGCAAACCAGAAACCUUAUGGGACCAGAUGGAGGAUUCGGACUACCUGGGGCCGAGGCAGGGGGAUCCGUCCUGCCCGCUUUGUCUUUGGACCCAACAAAGCAGGUGGAGUUGGGAAUUUCUCCAGAACUCCAGGCCCAGGGAAAGGCUGCGACUUCUGCCACGACUCCCGCGCCGGUUCCAGGUCCGCACUCGAGCUUCCAACAGAGACCCUCCUCGGCUUACCUGGUUCCUCAGGCUCAACCGACCCCUCGGGGACUCUCCGUCGGGUCCGGCACUCGCUCGGUGUCGCUCCCGCUCCCUCAGCCUUGCCUCCACCUCAACCCUCCGGCCCGGCCUCCUCAACAGGAAGCGUCUGCUCAGGGCCAAGAGCAGGACCAAAACCAGUGCCAGAACAGGGGAAAACCUUUGCUCCUGGAAGAGCAGCCUCUCCUACUGCAAGAUCUUCUGGAUCAGGAGCGCCAAGAGCAGAGGCAACAAAAGCAGAUGCAGGCGCUGAUCCGACAGAAGUCCACCUCUGACCCCGCCGUACCAGAUUUGACAGACUUUGAAUCCAUCUCGGACCCCAUCAUGAAGGCCAAGAUGGUGGCUCUGAAGGGCAUCAACAAGGUUAUGAGCCAAGGCAACCUGGGCCUCAACAAUAUGGUCAUCAAUAGGUUUCAUCAGGCUCCUGCCGUCACCGCUCCCGAGGCUGCUGCGCACCCUCCUCAACCGGUGGGACAGGAUGCGGAUUUGAACCCUCAGCCGGUGCGCCCCAACCCGCCUAGUUUCGCGCCCGGCUUCGUCAACGACGCUCAGAGGCGGCAGUACGAAGAGUGGUUGGGGGAGACGCAACGACUCCUGCAGAUGCAACAGCGUCUCCUGGAGGACCAGAUCGCCGCGCACCGCAAGGCCAAGAAAGCGCUGUCGGCCAAGCAGAGGACGGCCAAGAAAGCGGGCCGCGCUCUGGGCGAAGAGGACGCCGCCCAGCUGCGCUACGUCAUUGAGCAGCAGGCCUCCGUCCAGAAGCAGCUAGAGCAGAUCCGGAAGCAGCAGAAAGAUCACACGGUGCUCAUCGAGGACUACAGGACCAAACAGCGGCAGCAGAGAGCCUCGGCAAACGCGCCGGCUCCCGCGCUACCCCUCCAGAACGUGCCGGCCGCUUGGUCGGCUGCAGGCUUGUCUGCUGGUUUGAUGGGGCAAAAUUUGGCGUCUCACCUGCCACCUCAGAUGGCGUCCCAAUCGCCCAACCUCUCGACGCCGCCCCAGGUGCCGGCCGUCGCGCCUGGACUAGCGGCUACGGCGGCGGGCUUCGCUUCUGCUCUUAGGGGAGCUACCGGAGCAGCCUCUGGAGGCGACGUAGCCGUCCCCUCGCCUCAGGUCAAAUUUGAUGACAACAACCCGUUCAGUGAAGGUUUCCAGGAGAGGGAAAGGAGGGAAAGGUUGAGAGAACAGCAGGAGCGACACAGAGUGCAAUUCAUGCAGGGGGCGGAGCGUCAAAGGGCACUGCAGCUGCAGCAGAGGCUGGAUCUGGAUCAGCACAGACUCCGCCUUGGUCCUCCUCCCGCCUCUGCCCCAGGUGCCGACUCUCUUUCCCAGAUGCCUUUCUUCAGCUCUGAGCUGCCGCAGGACUUCCUCCAGUCUUCCCCGGGCUCCAGAGCACCCCUUCCCGGGCCGGCGAGCCAGGCCGGGACGCCGUUCUCCCAGCCUCUGCACGAGUUCGAACCGGGAGCCUCCCCGGAGCGGGCCGCCGGGGUCUUGGCCGCCGACGCGGCGUCCCCCGACUUUCAGACUAAAUCGAGAGCCGUCGGCGCUCCGGGUCAAGUUCGCGCCCCCGGUGCCCUUCUGACUCCCGCCGGUCCGUCGGGUCCGGACUCCUCCUCUCCUUCCGCCGUCCUCCGUGCCCCGUUUUCCUCCUCGUCCCUCUCGCGGCUGUACCCCGACAUCUCGUUCGAGGAUAUCCCGAGGAGGAGGCAGAGCGUCAACCGGGACAGAGACGGCGGCCCCGGAGGAGCCCGCACGCCGCCGUCCGCUCGCUCGGAAGAGGCGGCGGCCCCGCCCACUCCGGCCUUUUCCGACACUUCCCGUUCCACCCCCACGAUGGCCGGCGCGAAGCCGGCCGACUCGGACUCGCCCCUCUCGGCUCUGGCGCCGUCCUCGGAGCCAGAGGGGCGGCCGUCCGCCGAGAAGAGCGUGCAGUCGCAAAGAGAAAACCGCACGGAGGUCAAGGAGGAGCGUGAGGAGCGGGGGUCCUGUGCGGGAGAUCCCUUAAAGCCGGAGUGCGCCUCACCUCCGGACGGUGGCGGGGGAGACCCGGGGAAGGAGCUCCUCAGGCAUCUGCUGAAGGAAAAGGCCUCGCCCGGCAAAGGCGCGCAUUCCGAGGAUGAAGUGGCAAGGGCUGGCGGUCUCGACUUGUUGUCUAAGAAGAUCUUCCAGCGCUGCAAGAGACCGGCGCCACCUGACAAAGGUCUGACCGAAUUAAAGAGGAGGAGACACGAUGACGAUGACGACGACGUCAUGGACUGCGUGCCCCCCACCUCAGAACAGCUCGUGACGCACCUUACACAGUUGUCUGCGCUACCCCUCAUGGAGCCCAUUCUGGGUCUGGAUCUUAGCCUGUUCCCGCCCUACGGAAGCUCGUCUCUGAGCCGGGACUCCAGGCUGAGCGGCUCCUUCGGCAACGCCUGCCUGGACGGCGUCGCGGACUUCUACGCGCAACUCGCGUGCAAGAACAUCCUGGGCAACCCGCCCACACCCCCGGCCUCGCUGCCCCCCACCCCUCCUCCGGCGGUCAAGCAGAAACUGCUCAACGGCUUUGCCACGGCGGAGGAAGUGAGCAGGAAUGACGGUGAUAGCUCCCGUGUCGGCGAGGAACCUCGAGGCCCUGAGCCGGUUCUCUCUCACCCGCCGGUCAAAGGCGCCGCGUCCGAGGGGGAGGAGCUUCGUCAGGCCGCCGAGAGCGUGGACGUACCCGCUUCCCUGCCGACGCCGCCUCACAACAACCAGGAAGAACUACGGCUCCGGGACACGUCUCCGCCAGGCAGUCCGGACGGCUACGUGCCGUCCUCGUCCCCCGAGAGCGUGGCGGGCGCAGAAGUCAGCCGGUAUCCGGACCUGUCCUUCGUCAAGACGGAGACGCCCUCUCCCUGUCCGUCGCCGCCCAUACCCAUCAUGCCUUGCUCCUGGGGCAAAGGUUCCGCGCUGAAGCGGGUGGUCAAGGCUGAGGCCGACCCACGGGCUCCUCCCUCCUGCUCCGACACGGACCCGGUUACCAUCGAGAUCACCUUGCAGCCGGCGGCUUCACAGAAUGUUCCGGGCGUAAUGGCGGCGGUGGCCAAGCUCCUGCGGGUGCCCGCGUCCAUCAGCUACCGGCUAAGCCGCGCCCCUCUGACCGGAGACUCGGCGCCACUUUGUCAGGCUUCGGCAAGCGACGGACAGCAGAGAACGGCGCCAUCGGCCGGCUCGCGGACGGACUUUCCCCGAGUCUGCGCCGGUCCCGCCGUGUCCAGGCCGCCGUCCUGCGGCUUCUGCAAAGUGCUGUUGGGAAACGGGGUCCGCAAAAUCAAACGGGAGGCCCGGUCCGGCGUGCUCUUCUGCAGCCCGAACUGCUCCGCCCUCUAUUCGUCCGGGCCGAAGAGAGACUGGCCGGCGGACGACUCUGCUCGAUCACCACCUCGGCACCGCUACGCCAACAACAUGUCGUCCAUCGCGGUCCACUCGCUCCCGGCGGCUCCUCCGGCCAGGGCGGCGCACUCCUCCCCUCCGCUCCGCUUCCCCUCUGCCUCCAGCGUCACCACAGAGGCCAAACCUCGCACGGACUGCCUCAAGGUGAAGCUGAAACUGAAGCCUCACCCCCACACCUUUUCCGAGGGGGAUGACCCGCUCGCCGCUCGGCACGGCAAAAGGGCAAAGAGUUCGCGAUGGCGGCGCUGGAACGUCAACGUCGCUCUGAGCAGGGGCUCCGUAUCGGGCAAGGCCGUCGCCGCGCCCACUGAGGAGGAGGUGGACGUGAUGUUGAAGAAGCUGGGGGCGUGUCUACGACCCGACCCCUUUCCGCCGGACCGGCGGAGGUGUUGCUUUUGUCACCAGCAGGGGGACGGAGAAACUGACGGACCCGCCCGACUGCUCAACCUGGACUUGGAUUUGUGGGUGCACCUGAACUGCGCCCUGUGGUCCAGCGAGGUGUACGAGACUCAAGCGGGCGCGCUGAUCAACGUGGAGUUGGCCCUGCGCCGCAGUCUGACUCUGCGCUGCGCCCACUGCCAGCAGACGGGCGCCACCAGCGGCUGCAACCGGCUGCGCUGCCCCAACACCUACCACUUUACCUGCGCGCUCAGAGCGCACUGCACCUUCUUCAAGGACAAGACCAUGCUGUGUCAGCUGCACCGCCCCAGGGCGUGCCCCUCCGGCGCGGCCCCGGGCCAGGCUCCGGAACCCCCGGCGCCGGACCCGUACGACUCGGAGCUGCGUUGCUUCGCCGUCUUCCGCCGCGUGUACGUGCAGCGAGACGAGGCGCGGCAGGUGGCGGCCGUGGUGCAGCGCGGCGAGCGGCGCCACACCUUCCGUGUCGGCGGCCUCCUCUUCGGCGACGUGGGCCGGCUGCUGCCCUGCCAGAUGAGCGCCUUCCACGACUCUGCCGCCAUCUUCCCCGUGGGUUACCGCGCCGACCGCAUCUACUGGAGCAUGCGCCGCCACAACGGACGCUGCAAGUACACGUGCUUCAUCGAGGAGCACGAGGCCCGGCCGCUGUUCAAGGUGAAGGUGGUGGAGAAAGGCUACGAAGACCUGGUGCUGACGGCGCCCACGCCCAGAGGGGCUUGGGAGAAAAUCCUGGACUCUGUGGCUCGUCUGCGUAGCGUCGGCGGCACGCUCAAACUCUUCCCCGACUUCCUGAAAGGAGAAGACUUAUUUGGACUCAGCGCUUCAGCCGUCUGCAGGAUCGUGGAGUCGUUGCCAGGCGUGGAGGCGUGCGAGCGUUACACCUUCCGCUACGGGCGCAACCCUCUGAUGGAGUGGCCGCUGGCCUUCAACCCGUCCGGCUCGGCGCGCUCGGAGCCCAAAGCCGGCCAGGCCAAGAGGCCGUACCCGCUGACCGGCACGGCUCCUCGCUGCCAGGGCUCGGUGGGCUCCAUCGUAGGUCCGGUCCCGGGCGUCAUCUCUCUGUCGCCGGGAGAGACUGUGGCCGGCGUUCACCAGGGGCGCCACUCCAAGCUGGCGCAGUACCGCCGCAUGAAGGCCGACUGGAAGACCAACGUCUACCUGGCGCGCUCGCGCAUCCAGGGCCUGGGCUUGUACGCCGCCAGAGACAUCGAGAAGUGCACCAUGGUCAUCGAGUACAUCGGCGCCAUCAUCAGAAGCGAGGUGGCCAACCGGAAGGAGCGACUCUACGAGAGUCAGAACCGAGGCGUCUACAUGUUCCGGAUCGACAACGACUACGUGAUCGACGCCACCAUCGCCGGAGGACCCGCCAGGUACAUCAACCACUCGUGCGCGCCCAAUUGCAUCACGGAGGUGGUGAGCGUGGAGAAGGAGAACAAGAUCAUCAUCAGCUCGUGUCGACGUAUCCAAAGGGGGGAGGAGCUGUCUUACGACUACAAGUUCGACCUGGAAGACGACCAGCACAAGAUUCCGUGCCACUGCGGCGCCUUCAACUGUCGCAAGUGGAUGAACUGAAGCGAAAGCGGACAAGAGGCCGGUCCUCUCCUCUGCGUGCCUGUAAAUGUGUACAAAGAUCAGCAGAUGAUUUGUGUAAAAUAACCUGGCUUUGUUUUUGUAUUUAUUACUAAAUGAAUUUAUUUUCUAAUCACACUGACUGGUGUCGGGUGGCCGGUCGCGGCGCGGGAUUUUGAAGGCUUUCCUUUCUUCCCCGUCCUACCAUUUUGUCUGUGGCCACCCCCCCCCCCCCUCUGUUCUUGUUGUUUUUUUACUCUGCGGUGUGACGACGACCAGAGGAAUUUUGUUUCGGAUGUGUAGCCUGAUUCAAAACAUUUACAGAAAAUAAAACUUUUCCAACGACUCGCUGCCUGCGUUGCAUUUCUAAACGGGAAAACCAACAAUAAUCAGUCUCAUUUUUGCCAGGUGGAAGAAAAUGAGAUUUUGUUGAAGUUAAAAAAAAAAUCACUGCAGCCUGCGCCAAAAGAUGAAAAUCUCAUUCAAGCUUCAAAUCGGCUUCUCGGUCUGUUGCACUUGUCAGCUUUUAACACUCGGCUUUUGGAGUCGUGUCCGUGUGUGUGUAGGGUUGCCGACUGUCCCUUGAAAUUGUCCGGUAUUCGGAAACCAAAGUACGCUUUCAAGGGAAGCACUUUUAUCAUCAAACUCCGAAAUAGCGUCUUGUUUGUAGACGCGACGGAUACCGGUCUGGCGCUUUCUAAGGAUUAAGGGCCUAUUCUGCAUUUUGCCCAGUGAGCUGACGAACAAUCACGUUACAUCUCAUUGGUCAAGGUACUGUGGCUGACGGAAGACGAGUUGGAGAUGAAAAGCGUGUUCCAAAUGAUCAUUUGUUCUCGGCGUACUCCAUUUUCGCUCAUGUUUGCGGGUUCUGUCAAAUUCAUGUGGAGUGAUUGUUUGCCAAAAAAAAAAAAAUUCAAAAACGGCCAAACACACAAAGGCUCGGGACCUUAAGCAUAAAAUUGUACAAUUUUAUAUUUUGCAGGACAGUUUUAAUUCCAGUAUAUUUUGUAAUAAAAAUACAUUGCUGAUCAUUGUUAUUCCAUGUGCUUAUGAAACUCAAAUGGGUACCUAGUUCAGUUUUGAGUAAAAUUUAAAAAAUCUUUUCACACACAAAAAUGAUAAAAGGGUGAGGGGUCGGACGU